AUGCCCCUGUCCCAGAGCAGGGCCGGGCAGACGCCGGGCAGCAGCAAGGUGUGCAGGAACCUCUUUGGCCCCGUGGACCACCAGCAGCUCCAGAACGACUUAGAGGAUCUGUUGAGACAACAACUGGAAGAAGCUCAGCAGCGCUGGAACUUCGACUUUGAGACGGAGACUCCCUUGGAAGGACACUACAAGUGGGAGAGGGUCUUCCUGGCCGAGCAGCCACCCCAGGAGGUCCACAGCCUGGUCAAGGCCACCAGCAGCGGGAGCAGGAGCUCCUCGGUCCCCAAGGACCAUCUUGGCAGGGUUUUCCCCGAGGGGUCUCAGCAGAACUCGGCGGUUUGCAGGGCUGGUUCCCCACAGAGCUUGAAACGUGGGCAGACCACCAUCAAAGACUUCUACAGCUCCAAGAGGAGGAUCGUCCCCGAUAAGCCGUGA